UGAAAGAUAAAAUCUUUAAAAUGGCUGAAGAACAUAAAGGAAGCAAAAUGAUUUAUAGACACCUUGGCAACACUGGCCUUAAGGUAUCUCUCCUCUCAUUUGGCACAAUGCUUGCCAAAUAUACUGAGGAAGAUCAGGAGAACUGGUUGAAAUGCGCCAAGGCUGCCUACGAUGCUGGUGUCAACUACUUUGACUCAGCAGAGAUGUAUGGGGGUGGUAAAGGAGACUCCCUACUUGGAAGAGCUAUCAAAGAAUUCGAAUGGGACAGAGAUAGGAUAGUCGUUUCCGUAAAGAUUAUGUUUGGUGGAACAGGCCCGAAUGAUGGCUUCAUGAGCAGAAAACAUAUCAUAGAAGGCACCAAAGAUUCUCUCAAGAGAAUGGGACUUGACUACUGUGACCUUGUGUUCUCUCAUAGGCCUGAUUACGAAACUCCACUUGAAGAGACCUGCAGAGCCUUCUCCUGGCUUAUCGACAAAGGAUAUGCCAAAUAUUGGUGUACCUCAACUUGGCCAGCUGAUUAUAUUGAAAGAGCAAUUGGUGUCUGUAAGGAGUUUGACCUUCACUUGCCUAUUGCGGAUCAAUGAGAGUAUAGCAUGCUUGAGAGAAAUAUUGUUGAAAAAGAUUAUGUUAGACUCUUUAAAGAAUAUGGAUACGGUACAACCAUCUGGUCUCCACUCUGCAAGGGCUUGCUCACUGGGAAGUACAAAAAGGAUGUCAUCCCAGAAGGCACUAGAUUUGCCAGAAACCCAGUCUUUAAAAUGGGUGGAUUAGAUAUGAAGAUUGCUGGUAAAGAAGAUCAAGUAUUUGGAGCGCUUGAUGAACUUCAAAAGAUUGCUGAAGAACAAAAAUGUGAAAUGGCUGAGCUAGCCCUUGCUUGGACUCUUGUGAAUCGAGAUGUAAGCACCUGUAUCUUUGGUGCUUCUAAACUUUCUCAAAUCGAAAGCAACCUCAAAGCCUUAGAAAUUGCUGCUAAUUGGACAUCAGAACUUGAAGAACAAAUCAAUAAGGCUCUGGGAAAUCAACCUCAGCCAGAGAUGAUAUUAGUAAAGCUUACUCCAGAGGCCCCGAGAAGAUCUGUAUCAAUGACAUACGACUUAAAACUUGGUGGAAUUGACAAACAGGUUAAAAUAUAAUUUGUUAAUCUCUGCAACGUAACACAAUUUCAAUCUCCACUCAUC